AUGGGAACCAAUCAUGAUUACGAUCAUAUUAUGCCAAUAUCCAAAAUAAUUUUGGAACAUCCAGAGUUGAUAUCAAAUAUUGAAAAGUUUUCCUUAGAAUCAUCUCCUUAUGAUCGUGGUUUUAUUAAUGAUAAUUUUGCACCAAAUUUAACAUCCUUACAAAUUAAUACUCGCGUUAGUUCAUCUACACAAA